UAAGCGUAGCAGCGUCUCGGUUCUGGGGUUCAUAAACUAUUUUUACUUUCUCUCCCUCUCCCCUCUCACCCGAAUAUAAUUUCCAGAUCUAUACCUAUACUCCGCGAGGAUACUUUGUGUACCACUGUCAGAAUCUCUUUUGCACAAUUUCAGUUGUCAAUUGUUCGCGCGAAGAACAAUUGAUACCACCAUUUUUUAAAAGGGUCUCACCCCAAAUUUAGGCGAACUGAGUUAAUAGCGCACGAGAUUUUGUGAUUGAUUCUUUUAUGUGUUUGUCUAUUUUUUGUUUGUCAGUUGUCGAUGUAUUACGCUCGCAGUAAAAGGUCGUAACAACGUGAUAAAAUUGCCUCUGAUAGUGCUGUUAAAAGAAUUACUGUUUUUUGCGCGUAUGAAGAGUCUUGGGAGAGACGGCUGGAUAUUUUUAGCAACUAUUCACAUAUUGCGCAGGUCGCACCAGUGUUUAAGAAGGGUAGUAGGAGUAAUCCAUCGAACUACAGACCUGUAUCAUUGACGUCGGUUUGCAGUAGGGUUUUGGAGUAUAUACUGUAUUCAAACAUUAUGAAUCACCUCUAAGGGAAAGAUCUAUCGAUACGCAAUCAGCAUGGUUUCAGAAAACAUCGUGCUUGUGCAACGCAGCUAUCUCUUUAUUUGUGGUGUCACCGCCAGACACCACACUUGCUAGGUGGUAGCUUAAAUCGGCCGCGGUCCAUUAGUACAUGUCGGACCCGCGUGUCGCCACUGUCAGGAUCGCAGACCGAGCGCCACCACAAGGUAGGUCUCGAGAGACUUACUAGCACUCGCCCAGUUGUACGACGACGUUGCUAGCGACUACACUGACGAAGCCUUUCUCUCAUUUGCCGAGAGACAGUUAGAAUAGCCUUCAGCUAAGUCCAUGUCUACGACCUAGCUAGGCGCCAUUAGCCUUAGAUAGCUUGUAUCUAAAGAGUCUCACUUGUAUCGCCACAAUCUCCAGAUGUCUCAUCAAGAACGAUGUAUACAAGGAUGGAUUAAAGUUAAGCAUUCAAGAAGCUACGUACUUUUCUUUAUAACAUUCAUUACGUAUCCUGUUUCAGACCUCACUCCAUCCUUCGUGAGUUAGCGCGUGCAUCUUGGCCGCCUCUUUCAAUUAGUGUGCGUAGUGUUGGCAAGUCUGCCGACACUACAUUUUUGGCGACGAGAGUAAAAACGGUCUUCUUUAUUCUUGCUUUGCUUAAAUUACUUGUGUCAUGGCUUCACCCCAUUCUCCAGAUGUACUGUCCGAAUUUUAUCGCUUGCAGAAUCAGCGGACGCAGGCGUUAUUGGAUGCCCUUGGACAGCUCGUCCAGGGUCAACGUGCACUGCAACCCGAUGCGGCCGCCGCCGCUUCACCGCUACCGCAGCCACAACAUGCAGUUGCACCCCCGUUUCGUAGCUUUGAUGCCGCCAUUGAAACGUGGACGGAGUGGUCACGCCAAUUUGGAUUCCAUCUCGCCGCCUACAGAAUUCAAGCGACGGUGCCGUCCGGUCUGCGCCCUGGGGACCCAUCUACUGGCUCGCCUCAUCCCCAGGUGUUACCGACGAUGCCUUCCAUUUUGCCUCAUGGCGUCGCGCCGCCGCCGCCGCCGCCGCCGCCUGUUCUCCCGCCGGCGCCGCCCGCAGUACGCGUCGCUGCAGCCGCCCAGAGCCUCCCUGGGUCACGCGCCGCCAAUCGCUUCCAGUGACCAGCUGUCCUCCGCCAUGGAACUCUUGCCCGCUCUGGACCAGCUGUCGUCAUCGCGCGUCGGAUCCCCCGACGCAAUGGAGGUCGCCCCUUCGGCCCCUCCUGUCUCCUUACGGGCGCAUACACCGCAUGUUGACGUGCACCCUGGACUAGGUUUUCAGGCGUUUCCUAGCUCCCCUCGGACCGAAUGGCCGGGUGCGGGUGGCACAGCCUCGCCUGUUGUUAGGCUCCCCACCUCCUCGCAUACGUCAACAUGGGGUCCUCCCCACGGCGGGCGGAAGCCUUAUCACACGACCGUUCGCCGAUUUGCGGGGGAGGAAUGUGGUGUCACCGCCAGACACCACACUUGCUAGGUGGUAGCUUAAAUCGGCCGCGGUCCAUUAAUACAUGUCGGACCCGCGUGUCGCCACUGUCAGGAUCGCAGACUGAGCGCCACCACAAAGCAGGUCUCGAGAGACUUACUAGCACUCGCCCAGUUGUACGACGACGUUGCUAGCGACUACACUGACGAAGCCUUUCUCUCAUUUGCCGAGAGACAGAAUAGCCUUCAGCUAAGUCCAUGUCUACGACCUAGCUAGGCGCCAUUAGCCUUAGAUAGCUUGUAUCUAAAGAGUCUCACUUGUAUCGCCACAAUCUCCAGAUGUCUCAUCAAGAACGAUGUAUACAAGGAUGGAUUAAAGUUAAGUAUUCAAGAAGCUACGUACUUUUCUUUAUAACAUUCAUUACGUAUC